AUGCAGGCACCAGUGAUCAUGGUCAAUACUGGCGCUGGUGAGAGACAGACAGGACGAAAAGCACAAAUCUCAAAUAUUACAGCAGCGAAGACUGUUGCCGAUAUAAUCAGAUCAUGUCUAGGUCCCAAGGCAAUGCUGAAAAUGCUGCUUGAUCCUAUGGGUGGUAUAGUACUUACAAACGACGGUCACGCCAUUUUGAGAGAAAUUGAGGUCGCCCACCCAGCAGCGAAGAGCAUGAUUGAGUUGAGCAGGACGCAGGACGAAGAAGUAGGAGAUGGCACGACAACAGUGAUCAUAUUAGCAGGAGAAAUGCUAGCACAAGCCCUUCCACAACUCGAACGAAACAUCCACCCCGUGGUAAUAAUACAAGCCUUCAAGAAAGCUCUCAAUGAUGCGCUGGAAAUUAUAGAAGAAAUCUCUGUACCUGUCGAUACCUCGAACGACAAAGCCAUGAUCAGUUUACUGGAAGCAGCAAUCGGCACGAAGACGAUAUCUCGAUACUCAGAUCUCUACUGCAAACUCGCCCUACAAGCAGUUCGAAUAGUGUCACAAGAAAUGUCCGCAGUUUCAAAUCCACAACCACAGUCGACCAAGGGUGCACAGCAGCCGAACGGGACAUCUCAAACUCUCAAGCCGCACGAGAUAGACAUAAAACGAUACGCACGUAUCGAAAAGAUUCCAGGCGACAGCAUUGAAGCAUCUCGUGUCCUGGAUGGCGUGAUGCUGAACAAGGACAUUACUCACGCCUCCAUGCGCCGUCGUAUCGAGAACCCACGUAUCCUACUCCUCGACUGUCCACUAGAGUACAAGAAGGGUGAAUCUCAGACAAACAUCGAGAUCACAGACGAAUCCUCCUGGAACAGAAUAUUGCAAAUCGAAGAAGAGCAGAUCAAAAAGAUGUGCGAUGCCAUACUCGCCGUCAAGCCCGAUCUAGUUAUCACCGAGAAGGGCGUGAGCGACCUCGCUCAACACUACUUUGUCAAGGCAAACAUCACAGCAAUAAGAAGAGUAAGAAAGACCGACAACAACAGAAUAGCAAGAGCAGUAGGAGCUACAGUCGUCAACCGAGUCGAAGACAUCAACGACGCAGACAUCGGCACCGGAGCCGGCCUCUUCGAGAUCGAGAAGAUCGGUGACGAAUAUUUCACCUUCAUCACAAAAUGCAAGAACCCCAAAGCAUGCACUAUUCUCCUCCGAGGACCAUCAAAAGAUAUCCUCAACGAAGUCGAGCGAAACCUCCAAGACGCAAUGUCCGUCGCCAGAAACGUCAUGUUUCACCCACGACUAAGUCCUGGCGGUGGUGCCACGGAAAUGGCCGUGAGUGUCCGUCUUGCACAAAAGAGCAAGAGCAUCGAAGGCGUCAUGCAGUGGCCGUACAAAGCAGUCGCAGAAGCUAUGGAGGUCAUCCCAAGAACACUGAUUCAAAAUGCUGGUGCCUCACCAAUCAGGAUAUUAACACAACUGCGAGCCAAGCAGGCGGAGGGUAAGAGUAAUUACGGUGUAGACGGCGAUUCUGGCGCUGUGAUCGAUAUGCGAGAACUGGGUGUGUGGGAGCCACAGGCGGUGAAGAUGCAGAGUAUCAAGACUGCUGUGGAAAGCGCUUGCUUGUUGCUAAGAGUUGAUGAUAUUUGUGGUGCAAAGAGUGCUAAGCAGGUUGGUGGAAGUGCGCUGGCAGGUGGAGCUGGAGGUGAGGAUUGA